AUGUACAGCAGAAUUAAGUUGGCGACCGCAGUCGUUGUUUCGAUAAUAAGUGUCUACUGGUUUGCUAGUUUUUUUGGCGUUAUUUCUAAUUAUGACUCCAUAGUGAAGAGAGCAGAUGAGGACAAUAAUAGCGGCGGUGAUGGUAAUGGGUUUGGUAGUAAUAGUACUUCUAGUUCGGUAGCACCUUCUAGUUUGUUUGGAUCCAGUCUGUCGUUUGUGCUGUCGUCUUCACAAUCGUUUUCUUUGUCGGGUCUGGGAAGCACAUCACUGGUGUGGCCCUCGAGCAGCCAGAGCUCGAGUAAUAGUCCUACAAGCAGCUUUGACACUUCUUCGAGCCUGGAAACAAGCCAGGGAGGCGAGAGUAGUAGUGAGACUGGGAAUAAUGGAGCCACGGAAACAGAGACUAGUUUCAGUGAGCUGUCGGAAACUACACUGGCCGAUUCCUCGAGUAGCAACGCCAGUAGUGGGGCUUCAGAAACAACACAGGAAAGCUCUGCACUGCAAACCGACAACCAGGCCAGUUCCAGUGUAACUGAUGGCCAAACAGUGUCAGGAUCUAAUAGUAAUGCCGUGAUACAUACAGUUCAGUCUGUGGCCAAUGGGAGAACAGUAGUGGUGACGCAGACAUCGAUGAUCCAAGCAAGCAGCACUCCUACGUCCUCGUCAUCUAAUAACAAAGAUACUGAUUCCGGAGGAUUGUCGCAUACCAACAAAGUUGUGGUAGGAGUUGUGGUAGGAGUCGGUGGAGCGAUUUUAUUGGCAAUUGCAGCCUUUGUGUUCUACUACAUGAAGAAACGGAAUAGUCAAGUGGAGAAUAAAUCGUGGACUUUCUGGCGUAAAAAUGAGAAAGGUGGUAAUGACGACUUUUUGAAUGGUGAAUUAGGUGUGAGGGACAGAAAUAUCAAUCAAGGUUCUAAUUUUUAA